GGAACUCGUUGGAGCGGGAGCUUCGGAGUCGUCGGCGUGGCUCGGGCGCCAUGGCGCCGAGUUCCGCGUGGCCGCAAGCCUUGGACCUGCUGGAGGCCUUGCCUUCCAAACGGCUGCGGGUGGGCCUGCUGGACCUGAACCGCUGCCUCAGCGCGAGCACGUGGCAAAGGGCCGAGGCACUCCUGGAGGACCGGCGAGCCAUGGCGGACGUGGUGUCGGUGAACGCGUGUCUGAGCGCCGGCCGAGCGCAGUGGCAGAGGGCGGUGAGCUGGCUGCGGAGCGCGCGAGACCGGCGGCUGGUGCCGACGCCUGUGAGCUACACGGCGGCGAUGAAGUCCGUGAGCCCGUGGAAGGGCUGGAGCUGGGCCCUGCAACUCCUCUCCAGCGCGCAGGCGAGGGAUGUCUUCAUCUACAACGUGGCCCUCAGCGCCCUGGAGAAGCACGGGCUCUGGCAGCAGGCGCUGGCGCUGCUGUCGGCACUGAGCUCCGAAAGUCUGCUGCCGGACGCGGUGACGUGGAACGGGGCCAUCAGCGCCUGCGGCAAGGGGCGGCAGUGGUCGCUGGCGCUGGACCUGUUGAGGGCCAUGGGGAAGCCCGAUUUGAUCUCCUACAACUCCGCGCUCAGCGCCGUGGGACAUGGCGCCUGGCGUCUGGGUGUUGCCCUCGUGGAGGAGCUGGAAGCCGCCCACCUCACGCCGGACCUGGUGACGUUCCACGCCGCCGUCACCUGCUGCGGCCGCGGCGCCGCGUGGCGCCAGGCCCUGUGGUUCUUUGGGCGCAUCAGGCGCCCGGAGCCCACCUCCUUCAACAGCGCCAUCUCGGCCUGUGAGCAGGCGAUGCAGUGGCAGCGGGCGCUGGGCUUGCUGCAGCAGGGCGUCCAGGCCAAGCAGGUGGACGUGGUCUCCUAUAGCGCCGCCAUGAGCUCCUGCGAGAAGGCCUCGGUGUGGCAGCACGCGCUGCUGCUGUUGGACCUUGUGACACAGCCGGAGACCCGACUUCGGCCCGACGCGAUCCUCUUCACCGCAGCUCUGGGCGCCUGCGCCGGCGCCGCGGCCUGGCGCCAGGCCCUCCACUGGCUGCCUCCCGCCCUCGCCGCAUCGCUCGGAUCCGGUGACUGCGGGCCGCUGGGCGUGGUGCUGAUGGCCUGCGGGCGGCAGGCGGCGUGGCGCAGCGCGGCGGCGGCCGUGGCGCUGGGGAAAGACGCCGGUCUGCAGCCGGACCUUCCCACCUGCAACACCUUCCUCAGCGUCUUUUCCGCCGCUUCCGCUUGGCGCGACGCGCUCGUGUCGCUCCAACACGUGGCGCGCUCGAAGCUGCGGCCCAGCACAGUGACGAGGAACGCGGCGGCGGCCGCGUGCGCCGGUUCCGGCGGCUGGCGGCGAGUGGCGGGGCUCUUGGAGAAUUCGCGGUCGCGGGUGGGGUGCAACGUGGCGGCGGAAGCCUUGCGGGUGGCCAAGCGCUGGCGCCAGGCGCUGCAUCUGGCAGCUCGAAGCGAGGUGUCCGAUGUAAAGACCUGCGAUGCGGCAAUUUGCGCCUGCGAAGCUGGAAGCCACCGCGGAGUGCAGAUGUUGAUGGGCGAGCUGGACAGGCAUCACUUGCCUGCGCUCCUGCGCCGCUUGCGAGGGGCGGGCACCCAGCUGCGAGCAGCUUGGGUGCUGCGAGAGCCCAAAAGAGCGGCGGCCGUCGUCCUCUUGGCCAUAUCUGGUCGAGUGGGAAGUGAGCCUUCGUGGAACAUUGAUCCCAUGCACAGCGGCGGCGUCAUCGCCUGCAGUCAGUCCAUUACCGCCGCGACACGGAGAUCCGACUGGCAGCAUGGCCUGGAGCUCUUCGCCGAGCUCCGCCGCGCGCAGUCGGAGCUGGACGUGGUGGCGGGCAAUGCCCAGCUCGCCGCCGCCAGAGGCGGAGGCUGGCGCCUGGCCGUCGACCUCCGCGCGUUCCGCGCGCGGAGCUUGGAGCCCUCGGUGGUCAGCUACAACACGCUGGGCGCCGCUGAGGUCGCGGGAGGCCGGUGGCACCAUGCCUUGGCGCGGCUGGCGACCGCGACCCGCUUGGACGCCUUCAAUCUGAGCUCCUGCGCCGGCAAAUCGCCCUGGCGGCGAGCGGUUUGUUUGCUGCGAAGUGCGGAGAGGAGGCGUCUGGCAUUGCGGGUGGUGCGUAAUGCGGCACUGGCCGCCAUUUCCGCAGCGAGCGAGGAGACGGAAGGCGCUUGGCGCCAGGCGCUGCGGCUCGGGGCCCAGGCGCUCGGCGACGUGGACGGCGCCGACGGGGUCACGGGGAACUCGGCGCUCAGCGCCUGCGAGCGCGCGCGGCGGUGGCGGCAGGCAAUGGAGCUCCUGCGCAACGUGCGGCGCAGGAGAUUUGGCAACAUCAUCUCCUGCAACGCUGCCAUGAGCGCUUGCCAGAAGGUGGCCCGCUGGCAAGACGCUGUGCUGAUGCUGGUGGGGAUCCAGCCGACAGCCAUCAGCUACAGCACGGCGGCCAGCGCCUGCGAGGGGCCGAUGUGGCCCCGCGCCCUGCGCUGCUUCUCCGCUUCGCCCCGCGCGGCGCUCAACGCCGCGGUCGCCGCCGCCGGCGGCGCCGCGGACGCCGCCGCGUGGCGCCUGGCGCUGCAGUUGGCCUUCGCCGCGCCCAGCGCGCGCUGCGCCACGGACCUGGUGACGUACAACGCGGCUUUGAGCGCCCUCAGCGGCAACGACAACGCCGCGUGGCGGGCCGCGGUGGGUCUCGGCGGCUUGCGGCCCGAUGGCAUCUCGCGUUCCGCGCGGAUCAGCGCAACACAGAGCUGGCGGGAGGCCGCGGCGCUCUACGCCUCCAGCGGCGCCGAAGCCGCCGGCGGUGGAGGCGCCGACGCGAAGAAGUUCGCCUGCGGCGCGGCGGUGAGCACCUGCGAGGCCUUCGGCGCCUGGCGCGCCGCCCUGGCGCUGCUCACUUCCGCCACCGGAGGAUCCGGCGCCGGAGGAGCCGCCGGCAGUUUGGUGGCGGGGAACAGCGCGCUGAGCGCCUGCCAGAAGGCCAUGGCGUGGCAGGAGGCCCUGGCCUUGCUCCGCGGCUUCGCAGACUUGAAGUUGCGGGCGGACGUGAUCUCCUACAAUGCGGUGGUCAGCGCGUGCCAAGGGGAGUGGAGGCAGGCGCUGAGAUUGUUGGAGGAGCUUCAAAGUGUUCAUCUCUCACCCGGAGUGGUCACCUACAAUGCGAUGAUCACCGCGUGCGAGAAGCGCGGCUGGCGCAAGGCGCUCGCAUCGCUCCAUCAGAUGGAGUUGAAGAGUGUGCAGCCGGACGCCUUCUCCACCUCCGCCUCGAUCAACGCCUGCGGCCUCAGCGCCGCCUGGCGCGCGGCCCUCGCGGCGACGAGGGCCGUGGGGCCUUCGCCGCCGCUGGCGGCGCGCACGGCCUGCGCCGGCGCCCUCGGGGCGCGGAGGAUGUGGCGCCGGGCCCUGGGGCUGAAAGAGGGCGUUGCCUCGGCGCGGCUGGGCAACUCGCUGCUGCUGGCCUGCAGCGGGGCCCUGCAGUGGCGCCAGGCCCUCGCCAUCGGCGCCGACGAAGAAGAUCCGUCGGAGCUGGGGACACUGGCGGCCACCGCCCGGGCGCUGGCGGCCGGAGGUGCCGGGGAGCUGCAGCAGAGCCUGGCUGAGCUGCAGGGCAUGGCAGCUGCCCUGCUCGAAACGAGAAUUCAUUGACCUGCGACGCCUCUUUUUUCUUUUCUCUCCAGCGGACCUCCAGGGUUUCUGGCGUCCAACAUUUUUUUGUUUCCUUUUUUUGG